AUGGGUGGCGCUAGCGCCGGCGGGGCGACGGAGGCGGCGUCCUCGCCUCUCCUCAUGCCCCGCUCCGCUCCACGCCCCGCGGUGGAGGUCGCGGCGCCGCUGGUGGCGUGCAGCCUGCUGCAGUACAGCCUGCAGGUGGUCUCCGUCAUGUUCGCCGGACACCUAGGGGAGCUCUCCCUCUCCGGAGCCUCCGUUGCCGCCUCCUUCGCCAACGUCACCGGCUUCAGCGUCCUGAUACGUGCAGUGGUUGUAACCUCUCUUCACUCAGACAUUUGUGCAACUCGGGUCUCGCUGGGUAUGGGAAGCGCAUUGGAUACCUUUUGUGGACAAUCAUACGGAGCAAGACAAUAUGACAUGCUGGGGACACACACGCAAAGGGCGAUAAUUGUUCUUAUGCUUUCGGGUGUUCCUCUGGCCUUUGUUUUGGCCUUCGCUGGCCAAAUACUUAUCGCCCUUGGUCAAAAUCCUGAGAUAUCAUUUGAAGCUGGACUGUAUGCUCAGUGGUUGAUUCCUGGCCUUUUCGUGUAUGGUUUGCUUCAGUGCCUUACCAGAUUCCUGCAGACCCAAAAUAUUGUCCAGAUAUUGGUAGCUUGCUCUGGACUUACUUUGCUACUUCAUGUUAUGCUAUGCUGGUUGCUGGUUCAAGGUUUUGGCCUUGGCCACAAAGGCGCAGCUCUGGCAACCUCAAUAUCUUACUGGUUCAAUGUGGCAUUCCUAGCUGUGUAUGUGAAAGUCUCUGAAGAUGGCAGAAGAAGUUGGCACGGAUGGUCAAGGGAGGCACUGAAGUUAAAGGAUGCCAAAGUAUAUCUAAAGCUAGCAAUUCCAUCUACCUUUAUGACCUGCUUGGAGUAUUGGGCAUUUGAGAUGGUGGUUCUCCUAGCAGGAUUUCUUCCAGAUCCAAAACUGGAAACUUCAAUUUUGUCGGUCAGGCUGAAAAGGCCCGAGCUAGAGUUCAGUGUUCAGAUGGCAGCAUUACAUUGA